AUGCAAAGGUGUCACAGUGCUCUGUCAGUAGGCCUGAUGGGUGGUGAGGGGAGUGGAGGGUUGGAGGAGCGAGGUUGGAAGGUUAUGGUUGAAAGGAGGGCUUGGAAGGGAGCUAUAACAGGAAGAUGCCCCAUGCAAAGGUGUCACAGUGCUCUGCCAGUAGGCCUGAUGGGUGGUGAGGGGAGUGGAGGGUUGGAGGAGGGAGGUUGGAAGGUGAUGGUUGAAAGGAGGGCUUGGAAGGGAGCUAUAACAGGAAGAUGCCCCAUGCAGAGGUGUCACAGUGCUCUGUCAUAG